GCUUUUAUUCCGUUAACACUUCCUUUUCUGGCUGAGCCAGUUUGCGGGGACCGAGUUCAAGGGACAGAAGUAACUUUAGGCAGUUUACAACUUGUAACCAUGGCUCCCGGCACACAAGAGGAAGGUACCUUCUCUGGGGUACGAAAAGGCAUUCGGGCCAUCUUGCUUGGGCCACCGGGUGCGGGGAAAGGGACGCAGGCACCCAAACUUGCAGAGAAGUACUGUGUAUGUCAUUUAGCAACCGGUGACAUGCUGAGGGCCAUGGUGGCAUCUGGCUCGGAGCUCGGUCACCGUCUUAAGGAAACCAUGGAUGCUGGCAAACUGGUCAGUGAUGAAAUGGUGGUGGAGCUCAUCGACAAUAACCUGGACACACCUGCCUGUAAGAAUGGAUUCCUGCUGGAUGGUUUCCCUCGCACUGUCAAACAGGCAGAAAUGUUGGAUGACCUCCUGGACAAGCGAAGUGAGGAUCUGGACUCUGUGGUUGAGUUCUCUGUUGAUGACUCCUUGCUGGUACGCAGGAUCUGUGGGAGGCUUAUUCACCAGCCCAGUGGACGAUCUUAUCAUGAGGAAUUCAACCCACCUAAAGAACACAUGAAAGAUGAUGUGACCGGGGAGCCUCUUAUGCGCCGCAGUGAUGAUAAUGAGAAAACCCUGCGCUCUCGGCUUGAGGCCUACCACAAGCAGACGGCUCCUCUCGUGCAGUACUACACCAAACGUGGCCUGCACACUGCCGUCGAUGCGUCUCAAUCCCCCGAAGUUGUCUUUGCCUCCAUCCUUGCUGCCUUCUCUGCUGCUACCUCUGAAAUCCAAUUUUCCCAACCCAGUCUGAUCCAGAUGAGACAGUAAGGGAUGGGGAAGUAGGGGAGCUGGACGUUCAUUUGAUCAUUCCAUGUUAUGAUUGUGUUUUGACUGAAACACAAAGGAAAAGCAUACCUCAAAUAAACAUGAUGUGAUUAUUUUGUA